UGCUGUAGAUCAUGGUUCGCCAAUGUACAAAUGGGACCACCUGAUGCGAUUUUGGGUGUAACCGAGGCGUUCAAGCGCGAUACAAAUCCGAAAAAAAUCAACUUGGGUGUAGGCGCGUAUCGUGAUGACAACGGUAAACCAUGGGUGUUGCCCAGUGUGCGCAAGGCUGAAGAACGCAUAAUUGGUAAGCAAUUGGACAAAGAAUACGCCACAAUCAUUGGUAUUCCGGAUUUCUAUAAUAAAGCCAUCGAAUUGGCGCUGGGUAAGGAUUCUGAGCGAUUGCAGGGAAAGCACAAUGCUACAACACAGGUAAUAUAUUUGUAUAUUUCUGUUAUCGUUCUCGGUACUGGUAUCCAUAUUGGAUUUGUUAUCGUUAUCGAUAUUAUUAGAAACAUUUGGAAGUAUGGGGUGAAAGGUGCCGAUCUAUCGCUCGAACAGUGGAAGGAACUCUCACAAUUGGUGAAGAAGAAUAAUUUAUUCCCCUUCUUCGAUAUGGCCUACCAGGGCUUUGCUUCCGGCGAUGUCGAUCGUGAUGCUCAAGCUGUACGUAUCUUCGAAAAAGAUGGCCAUCUCUACUGCCUGGCGCAGAGUUUUGCCAAGAAUAUGGGUUUGUAUGGCGAACGUGCCGGUGCUUACUCCGUCAUCACUGCCAGCAAAGAGGAAGCCGAUCGUGUUACAUCACAAAUUAAGAUUCUCAUUCGUGCACUCUACUCAAAUCCACCAUUACAUGGUGCCCGCUUGGCUGCCGAAAUACUAAACGACGCAGAAUUGAGAGCAAUUUGGUUCAAGGAUGUUAAAACAAUGGCUGAUCGUAUUAUUAAUAUACGCGCACAAUUGAAGGGCAACUUAGUGAAAUUGGGCUCAUCGCGUUCAUGGGAUCACAUUACCAAUCAGAUUGGUAUGUUCUGCUACACCGGCAUGACAGCGGAGAAUGUCGAGCGUUUGUCGAAGGAAUUUAGUAUUUAUCUGACCAAAGAUGGACGCAUCUCAAUGGCGGGUGUGACCAGCAAGAAUGUCGACUACUUGGCGCAGGCUAUGCACGAGGUUACCAAGUAAAUGUGCCAGAAUUUUUUGUGCUAGAAAUUU